AGUCUUAUACAAACUUAUCAUUAAUUCUACAGUCUACACUGCUCGCAGUAUAUUUAAUCGUUCAGCAGCAAAUCAUUGCUUCUUAUCUCGUUCUAUGAGAAGUUCAUUUUCUUGAAACUUCCAAAUAGUUUAUUCUGCCAAAGAUUUUGUCCGGAAUGGGCCUAUCAACUCACAUUUUGGACACCAGCCGCGGCAAGCCGGCAGUUAAUGUGGCAAUCACACUGUACCGCGGAACAUCGGAGGUUCCGAAAUCCUGGGAGGAGAUCGGUCAAGGAGUUACCGACAACGACGGUCGCUACAAAGGUUUUUUCGCCGACAAUCCGGCCGGUUUCACCAAUGGGCGGUACAAGUUACGCUUCCUGGUUGGUCAGUACUACGAAACGCUGAAAACGGACACUCUUUAUCCGUUCGUUGAGAUUGUUUUCGACAUCAAGGACUCCAGUCAGCACUAUCAUAUUCCACUUUUGUUAAACCCAUUCGGAUAUUCCACAUACAGAGGCUCAUAAUCGCAUUAACAUUCAACAUUUAUUCGAUAAUAUAACAAUUUGACAUUCAAACUUUAACAA